CCUGUUUCCCCAUGUACCUUUCCACCUCACCUCUACCAGUAGAACGUUGAAGCGUUCUCUUCUAUUCCCUCAUUGUGCUUUUUUUUUGUAUUUGAUUCGGUCCGGUUAUUCCAUUCCUUCAGCCAGCGACAUAUAUCCUCUCCGCUGCAUUUCUCCGCGCAUACACACAUACAUGCAUGCAUGCAUAUCAUACUCAUACACACCGUACAUUAUUCCCCUAUUUGUCUGUCUUGUCUCAUUUUGUUUUGUUUUGUGUCAUCUAUCUGGGGGGUUUGGGCGCGUAUGGUGUUUGCGCGUUUUGAUGGGUUGGUCUUGUACAUAGAUUCUUUGGUGCUUUUUCUUUUCUUUUCUUUUUGCUGGGGGGAGCGUGAAUGUGAAGAGUGGGGUGGUGGUGGUGGUGGCAGUAGUAGGCAGGUAGGUAGGUAGGCAGUCUUACAUACUUCACUUGCUUACUUUCUACUUGGAUCCUAU